GGCCUUUCAGUCGGAGGACGUGAAGGCCUACGAGGCGAAGAGACUGCAGGUGUUCCUGGCCAGGGAGCGCUUCAUGGCCGACGCGCUGGCUGGCAAGCACCAGGAGGAGAAGAAGAAGAUCUCUGAGGAGGCGGUGCAUAUCAAGAUAUGGCAGUGCCCAAGCUGUGGAGCGAAGAACUUCGGCUUCAGGGAGAGUUGCAUGUACAAGGAUUGCAACCACAAGGUGCCCGAGACCACGCUGCAGCUGCAGAGGCUCCAGAAACUGCAGGAGGUGAGGGUCCACUCGGACACGUCCUACAUGACCCUGGGGGAGCUGGACGCGACGCUUCGCUCUCGCGGGCUGGUGUGCAUGGACGAGGAGUUCGACAGGUUGCAAAAGGAAGCAGCGGCAUACGCAUGGUCGGAGUGGGGGAUCGAUCUCGUGCUCUCCUCGGCGGAGUGCCACCCGAAGGAGAUGACGGAGAAGGAGAGCCCCGUGCAGGCCGACACCGAGGACUACCAGAGCCUGGACAGGACGUUCGCGGCAUGGCGUCGCGUGGCAGCUGGACUAGGCGAAGACUGGCAGUCAGAAGAGGACGAUGGUAGCGCAGCUGUGCACGCAGAUGGCGGGGAAGGUGGAGUAAGCGUUCGUCAGUCGCAUGCUGUGCAGUUUGUCACGGACGUGGGGCAGAAGGACCUCAGGCCGAAUCCUGGGGAAGGUGGUGCCAAGCCGAUCGAUAGUGAUAGUGGCACGGCCUUGCCGUCGAUCCCGGGCUUCCCGCAGCUCGCGAUGCCAGAGGUGUUCGACAUCGCCGACGGCGACGACGAGGAGUGGGCCGAGAAGGGCGAGGAAUGCUCC